CAAUUCUAAUCCCACAAACCUUAAAAACACAGCUAACAUAUACAUACACACAAAUAUAUAACAUGUCACCAAAUCACCACCUUGUCACGGUGGUUCUCCUCCUCCUGACGGCGAGUCAAAGCGGCGUAGCAAGAUCACCGGGUGGGCGAGAUCCAUGCUCUGUAUCGGAUUUCAAGGUGCUGUGCAGAUCAGUCGUGAAGGGCCAAAAAAACGUUAACGCAGCGACGGAAGUUUCCAUAAGAGAGCUGAUGAAAAGAACCAAAAAGGCGAAAGAAGCCGCCGCGAGUGGCCGGAAAAGUGGCGGAGGACUCAAGACAUGUUACUCAAACUACGAUAGUGCGCUCGAGAAUCUACAAAAGGCGUUGAAUGACAUUAAAAAGAACGAUGGGUUUAGCCUUAACAUCAAUCUUAGCGCAUCUUUAACGGAGUUUGAUACAUGCAACGACGCUAUGGCCGGUGCUGACGCAUCGAAUGUGUUUGCUAAAUCUACAAACAUUUUGCAUGAAAUGGCUGAUAAUUGUUUGGCCCUCUCUACCCUCGUUAAGCAGUAA